GGCGGCUGCGGCGCCUCCCCCGCCCGCGCGCCCUUGCUCCGCGUCCGGCCCGCCUCGCCCCCGCGCGGCCUCUCCGCUUUCUCUCCCGCUUCGCUCCGGCCUCGCCGAGUCUGCAGCGGGGCGCCGGGAAGAUGGCGGCGAGGGGAGGCAGCGCGGGGGGCGCGGGCCUGGGAUCCGGACCCUCUGCUGGGACGGCGGGGGAGGCCGCGGAGCCCGCGCUGCGCCCGGGAGAGGUGGCCGCGCUGCACCCCCAGGAGGUAGCCGCGCGGCUGCAGCGGAUGCGGAGGGAGCUGAGCAACCGGCGGAAAAUCCUGGUGAAAAACCUGCCCCAGGACAGCAGCUCCCAGGAGGUUCAUGAGCUAUUCCAAGACUACGAGCUAAAGUACUGCUAUGUGGACAGGAAUAAGCGAACAGCUUUUGUGACCUUAUUGAACGGGGAGCAGGCGCAGAGCGCGAUUCGGAGGUUCCAUCAGUUUUCCUUUCGAGGCCGAGAGCUGGUAGUGCAGCUGCAGCCCACAGACGCCCUCCUGUGCAUCACCAACCUGCCCGUCUCUUUCACGCUGGAAGAGUUUGAAGAACUCGUCCGCGCGUACGGGAACAUCGAGAGGUGUUUUUUGGUCUACAGCGAAGUUACCGGCCACUCCAAGGGCUACGGGUUUGUGGAGUACAUGAAAAAGGACUUCGCUGCCAAGGCCAGACUGGAGCUGCUGGGCCGGCAGAUGGGGGCCUCGGCACUCUUCGCACAGUGGAUGGAUGUCAACCUCUUGGCCUCCGAGCUCAUCCAUUCUAAGUGCCUUUGUAUAGAUAAACUGCCCAGUGACUACAGGGAUUCCGAAGAGCUCUUGCAACUUUUCUCUGGCAUCCAUAGGCCUGUGUUUUGCCAGCUUGCACAGGAUGAAGGCGGUCAUGGUGGUAGCUUCGCGGUGGUUGAAUAUAGCACAGCGGAGCAUGCCGAAGAGGUUCAGCAGGUGGCAGAUGGCAUUACCGUCAAGGGGAGCCAAGUCCAGCUAUCCUUCUGUGCCCCGGGAGCGCCGGGACGAAGCACUCUGGCAGCCCUCAUAGCGGCUCAGCGCGUGAUGAACAGCAGCCAAAAGGGAUUGCUGCCAGAGCCGAAUCCGGUACAGAUUAUGAAAAGUUUGAACAAUCCUGCCAUGCUCCAAGUUCUUCUGCAGCCCCAGCUGUGCGGACGAGCAGUUAAACCAGUUCUUGGAGUCGCACCCAGCUUGUCUCAUCUGCUGAGCCCAUCCCUCCCCUCCGCGCUGCUGCACUUCAGUAAAGCACAACAGAGCUCGGUUGUGGGUAGUGCGUCCCCCUUGCUCCUCCAGGCUCUGUCUCACCUCCCUUUGGUCCAGCAGCAGCUGAUGAAGUUUGAUAGCGCCCACACUAAUAAUAAGCCUGGCUUGCUUGGAGAGCCCCCCGCCAUGGUGCUGCAGCCCGCGCUGGCAAUAGGGCCACCACUCUCCCUGAAGACGGACCUGGGACACCAUGGAGACACGCACAAAACAUCUACUCUGGUUCCAACACAAACGACACUGGCAGCCGGCCUGGGCAUGCUGCCAUUCUUCCCACACCAGCUCACUGCCGGACAAGCCGGGCCAGGCCGUGGGACCACUCAGGAGAAGCAGUCCGCCUCAGCGAGCAUCACUGAAGCUAGUUUCUCAGGGCCGCAGCAGUAUCUGCAGACCUUCCCAGGCCUGCCCACUGGAGGCCCACUGUCAGGCCACCAGAAGACACAGCAGAGCCCAGCAAAAGGCCCGGAGGCUGCCUCUAAGAAUCAGACUUCACUCUUGGGAGAACCACCCAGAGAAAUUCGGCUCAGUAAAAAUCCGUAUUUGAAUCUGGCGAGUGUGUUACCCAGUAUGUGCCUAGCCACUGCAAGUAAAGGCACGCCACACAAGACUGGAAUCGCAAGCAACAUUCUGGAUGCAAUCUCUCAGGGAAGCGAGUCCCAGCAUGUCCUGGAGAAAUGCAUCACUUACUCGCCACCUUUCGAGGAUUAUGCCCAGGUAUCAUCUUUGAGAAAUGAGAAGCGAGGCUCCUCCUAUCUCAUCUCUGUCCCAGAAGGGGGUCCAGUAGAACUCGCUGGCCAGCACCCUCAGGACACAGGAGUGAACUACACAGAAACCUACUUGAAAAAGAAGCGUGUGUACUGAGCUCCGUGUCUCCUGCCCACUGCUGCGGUCCUCUGCAGUGUCUGCUGCUCAUCGCUGCCUUAACUUCAUUCACACUAGCCAUAUCCUUUCGAUACGGGUUUCUGACUUCCCAGAAUGAACUGUCAUGCAGCAGGCAGAUCAGCCAAAUACGCAACUAGCAAUAAGAAACAUCACUGGUCGGAGGGCAUUUUCCACUAGCAUUAGAUGUGUCUUAAUCCCUAUGACAACAGCUCAGCUCACUGGAGAAUCAGCAUUCCAAUAGUCCUUGAUUUGGGCCUGGGAACAAUUUUGACAUCAUAAAGUCUGAAGCAAUAAAUGGGAAACAGUGUUUUGUUUCCUUAGCCUUAGAAUGAAUUUCUUAAAAGCCAAUGUGCUUUACCUUACUCUCCCUAAGAACAAUCUCAUCCACAGUCUUGAAGGACCUUUCCUCAAACUGCAAAGGUGCUGGUACGGCCAGACAGAUGCUUGUCAUGCAAACCCCAUUAGCUCGACACCAGUCACAAAAUACCAACCCAGUGGCAGAGUGACGUCAUUUCAGAUGCUUGACUUCCAAGGUGUCAUUUACCACUUACACCUUUUGUGGAAAACAGUACUACAAGGUUAGUGAAGUACACACCAGGGCCAUGUGUAGUCCAUGCUGCCCAUGAAUCAGUGACUGCAUUUCGAAAUGCCUGGGGUAGAGAAACAAGAAACUGCAAUUUUAAUGUCCCCACGACUUUAUUUGGAACACAGCGAAGCUCACUCAUUUACACACUGUGUACUUUUGUAUCACAGUGGGAACUGAGUAGCCUCCAGAGAAGCACAGAGCCUGCAAAGCCUGGGACAUUACUCUCCCAUCCUGCAUACAUAGGUUUGCGGCUUGUCUCCCUAUUGCUUUUAUCUUAUGGUCACAUGGCAAGGAGCCAAGGUUUGUGUGCCAUUUCAUAGCAUACAGGAGUGAAGACAAGGCUGAGACUCGGCAACACAGCUCCCACUGACGUUUCUAAGGGGCUCUGUGGGACAGUGUGUGGGACAAUUCUGAGCUGAUAAAGCUCUACCUCACUGGUUUCAUUCAUUCUCUGGUAGUGAAGUUGAAAGAUACAUCUAUUUAAUCCAGGUUACUUCUGAAAGAGUGUCUUUAUUAAUGUCACUUUGGAUCUCACCAUUUUCUGAAGAUCUUGGUAUAAAUUAGAAACCUCUUUCCAUCUAGAAGUUUGUUAAGAGACUACAGCUGAUGGAGUUUGGGAUCUCAAUGAUCCUACUAUAUAGGAUCAGAUCAUUAAAAUAUUUUACUCGGGAUUUAUCAUUUUUGACUAUGAUAUAGAUCUCCAGCAUUAAUUAUUAAGUCUAAAACUGGUACAUGUUAUAUGCUUUAUAAAAAUUUUACUUGGUCUAAUUUAUUGCAUAUACCAGCUUUCAUUGAAAAAUGACAGCUAAGAAGUUAAGACAAUCCUAAGCAGACUACCUAUGGCUGCCCAGGAAGAGGCACACAGCAGACUAAUGGCUUCUCCAAGCCUGCACAGCCCCUUCCUUUUGCUGCUGCAUUUAGUUUCUUCAGCACUUACAGUACAGGAAGGAUAGCAGCUGCUACAGUGGAGCUGUAAGGUUAGGAAACUGAGAACUGAAAGAUGCUUG